GGGGUCGCUCCUACCUAGGGGGUGUUUUAGGCAAGAAAGAGGAGGCAGAUGCCGGGAGGAAAGUGCGCUGUCUUUCCCGGAGUGUGGGUAAAAGAGGAAUCAAGUGGGGGUGUCUUGGUGGGGGACGGGGAGGCCUCAGGAAUGCGCGGGGGUCGAGAUGGUUGAGUGGGGGAGCUGCGAGUCUGCGGGGGGGGGGGACGGAGGGCGGGGGCGGGGGCGGGGAUUCGCCGCGUGUAUGUAAAGGUGCAGCCCGUGUGCGAGGGGCUGGGUGCACGCGCGGUGUCUGGCCGAGUGCGCGCGCACGCCGCUGCCCGCCUGCGAGGGCUGCUCGGUGGGUCUGACAGGCGAGCGGGCGCGGAGGAGCUCGAGCCGAAUCACGUAGAGACCAUCGCGGAAACUGCAGAGCGGAUCGCAGCGCGGCGCGGCGCGGCGUACCCUGCGAGAGCCGCUGGCUCCAGAGAUUAUUUCUCUUUAUUCAGAAGCAUAAAGUUGUUUGCUGAGUGCAAGAAGAUGUUUCUUUGGCUCUUUCUGAUUUUGUCAGCCCUGAUUUCUUCGACAAAUGCAGAUUCUGACAUAACGGUGGAAAUUUGCAAUGUGUGCUCCUGCGUGUCGGUUGAGAAUGUGCUCUAUGUCAACUGUGAGAAGGUUUCAGUCUACAGACCAAAUCAGCUUAAACCACCUUGGUCUAAUUUUUAUCACCUCAAUUUCCAAAACAAUUUUUUAAAUAUCCUCUAUCCAAAUACAUUCUUGAAUUUUUCACACGCAGUAUCCCUGCAGCUGGGAAAUAAUAAACUGCAGAACAUUGAGGGAGGAGCCUUUCUUGGGCUCAGUGCGUUAAAGCAGUUGCACUUGAACAACAAUGAAUUAAAGAUUCUCCGAGCUGACACUUUCCUUGGCAUAGAGAACUUGGAGUAUCUCCAGGCUGACUACAAUUUAAUCAAGUAUAUUGAACGAGGAGCCUUCAAUAAGCUCCACAAACUGAAAGUUCUCAUUCUUAAUGACAAUCUGAUUUCAUUCCUUCCUGAUAAUAUUUUCCGAUUCGCAUCUUUGACCCAUCUGGAUAUACGAGGGAACAGAAUCCAGAAGCUCCCCUAUAUCGGAGUUCUGGAACACAUAGGACGUGUUGUCGAGUUGCAGCUGGAAGAUAACCCAUGGAACUGUAGCUGUGAUUUGUUGCCUUUAAAAGCUUGGCUGGAGAAUAUGCCAUAUAACAUUUACAUAGGAGAAGCUAUCUGUGAAACUCCCAGUGACUUAUAUGGAAGGCUUUUAAAAGAAACCAACAAACAAGAAUUAUGCCCCAUGGGCACGGGCAGUGAUUUUGAUGUCCGAAUCCUGCCUCCAUCUCAGCUGGAAAAUGGCUAUACCACUCCCAAUGGUCACACUACCCAAACAUCCUUACACAGAUUAGUGACCAAACCACCGAAAACGACAAAUCCUUCCAAGAUCUCUGGAAUUGUGGCAGGCAAAGCCCUCUCCAACCGAAAUCUCAGUCAGAUUGUGUCUUACCAAACGAGGGUGCCUCCUCUUACACCUUGCCCAGCACCUUGCUUCUGCAAAACACAUCCUUCAGAUUUGGGACUGAGUGUCAACUGCCAAGAGAAAAAUAUACAGUCCAUGUCUGAACUGAUGCCGAAACCUUUAAAUGCCAAGAAGUUGCACGUCAAUGGCAAUAGCAUCAAAGAUGUGAACAUCGCAGACUUCACUGAGUUUGAAGGACUCGAUUUGCUCCAUUUAGGCAGCAAUCAGAUUACAGCGAUCAAGGGAGACGUGUUCCACAAUCUCACGAAUUUACGCAGGCUGUAUCUCAAUGGCAAUCAGAUCGAAAGACUCUAUCCCGAAAUAUUUUCUGGCCUUCAUAACCUGCAGUAUCUGUAUUUGGAAUACAAUUUGAUCAAGGAAAUCUUAGCAGGCACCUUUGACUCGAUGCCAAAUUUACAGUUACUGUACUUAAACAAUAAUCUCUUAAAGAGCCUGCCUGUUUAUAUUUUUUCUGGAGCACCCCUUGCUAGACUGAACCUGAGGAACAACAAAUUCAUGUACCUACCUGUCAGCGGGGUCCUUGAUCAGCUGCAGUCUCUUACACAGAUUGACUUGGAGGGCAAUCCGUGGGACUGCACUUGUGACUUGGUGGCAUUAAAGCUGUGGCUGGAGAAGUUGAACGACGGGAUUGUUGUGAAAGAGCUAAAAUGUGAGACGCCUGUUCAGUUUGCCAACAUUGAACUGAAGUCCCUCAAAAAUGAAAUCUUAUGUCCCAAACUCUUAAACAAGCCAUCUGCACCAUUCACGAGCCCUGCACCUGCCAUUACGUUCACCACCCCGCUGGGUCCCAUUCGGAGUCCUCCUGGUGGCCCAGUGCCUCUGUCUAUUUUAAUCUUAAGUAUCUUAGUGGUCCUCAUUUUAACUGUGUUUGUUGCUUUUUGCCUUCUUGUUUUUGUGCUCCGACGGAACAAGAAACCCACGGUGAAGCAUGAAGGCCUGGGGAAUCCAGAGUGUGGCUCCAUGCAGCUGCAGCUGAGGAAGCAUGACCACAAAACCAAUAAAAAAGAUGGACUGAGCACAGAAGCUUUCAUUCCACAAACCAUUGAACAGAUGAGCAAGAGCCACACCUGUGGCUUGAAAGAGUCAGAAACCGGAUUCAUGUUUUCAGAUCCUCCGGGACAGAAAGUCAUUAUGAGAAAUGUUACCGACAAGGAGAAAGAUUUAUUACAUGUGGAUACCAGGAAGAGACUGAGCACAAUUGAUGAGUUGGAUGAAUUAUUCCCAAGCAGGGAUUCCAAUGUGUUUAUUCAGAAUUUUCUUGAAAGCAAAAAGGAGUACAAUAGCAUAGGUGUCAGUGGCUUUGAGAUCCGCUAUCCAGAAAAACAACAAGACAAAAAAAACAAGAAGUCGCUGAUAGGCGGCAACCACAGUAAAAUUGUUGUGGAGCAAAGGAAGAGCAGUGAGUAUUUUGAACUGAAGGCAAAACUCCAGAGUUCCCCCGACUACCUACAGGUCCUUGAGGAGCAGACAGCUUUGAACAAGAUCUAGGUCAUGCAAUCUUACUUCAUACAGAGGACAUUUAUUUAAUGAUGAAAGUGCCUUUUGUUGACUUCUAACUUCCAAAUACUAUAUUAUCAAUAGGCAUAGAGGCAGGUGUUUCCAAGGGUGUCUCAUUAACUGUAGCUGCAAAGAUGUGUCCAGUAGAAGAGAAUUUCCUUAAUAGAUUUUACUACAUAAAACCUAUACUGUGGAGUCCUGUGGGGAUACUGCAAACUCUAUUGCCAAAGGGAUGCUUUAUAUACAUAAUACACUGAAUUUAACCUCAAGAGGCAAAUCUGUUUUGUACCCCAAUGCAAAACCUUCGUCUCUUUGUGCUUUGUAAAGCAAACUCAAGAAAACUGGUACCAGUGUUUGUACCUAGCUGGGUCCUUCACCUUGCACGUAGAUUAAGUUGGUGGAACUGGAAUAAUCCUUUUGAUUUGUGGCAUUGUAACAACUCUGUGUAAAGAUUAUCUGAAAAGUAAAAAAAAAAAAAAAGCAUGCAAAGAGAGAACAUUCGAUAGUAUUUGUAAAUCGGUAACCUUUAUGGCCUGCAUCUUGAAACCACUGGAUUUAUAAUGUUAAAUUGUGCAAAUAUUUGUUUAAAAUAUACCAUGCAUUACAUAACUAUAAAAUAAAUUUGAACACUUUAAGCAUUACCUGUCUAUACAUAAAACCUAAAAGAGAAAAAAAAAUCAAUGUGAGUUACAUAGCGUUUGUGGUGAUCUGAAGAAAUACGUGAUGUCUAUCAGAAUUAAACAUGGCUCAAAUUAAACGAACAUUAGAGUUUGUUCUCAGUUACGUGAAAUACCCACAAUCCUUAAAGGUUGUCCAAAAUUAGCAAAGUGCUUACCGUGUGAGCGCACCCAAAGCUAUUUUUGUAACAUAAUUCAUAUUUAUGAAGUUCUUUGUAUACUAAAUAGGAAAAUAUGUACUCCUUAAUAUGUAUUUAAGAUGCCUGAAUUGUUUUCCUGAUCACAGGGAAUUUAUCAAUAAGUAUAAAUUUAGACAGAAAACGUAUACCAAAAUGAAACCGAAGCUUAUGUGUACAGAAAUAUUCUGGACAUUGUGAUUAGGUAUAAUUUAAAAAUAAAACAAACAAAAAAACCAAAAAAGAGACAAAAAUACAAAAAAACCAGUUCUGUGCUAUUCUUGAGAAUUUAGCAUAUUCAGAUUUGUUACCAACUGUGCAUUUUAAAAUAGGUUCCUUAGUUUUAUAGUAUUGUGUCUGGGGCAGUUGUUAUUUGACAUCAGUUGUCUUGCUUUUCAGGAUUCUAUGAGCUUAAUUCAAAUAGUUUUCACUACAAAUACUUAAAAAGUUAGUGAGUAAGGUUAAUAGUUAUAUCUCGUCUGCAUCGGUAUCCUGUUCUUUCAUCAUUCUGACUACUAUCGGAUAAUCAAGUAGAACAGUAAACAUCAUGGUAAUCUCGGCUGUCGAAGCCACACUGUAAAAUGCUUUCAUUGGUCUCAGAUGAGUUCAGUCUGCAACUACAACUGGAUAUGCCACUGUGUUUGGUUGUGCUGUUAACUGCUAGCCCAAAUUGGUCACAGGAAGGAAGGCCUUGAUAAUGGGAGAUAUUUGAAGACUUUUAGGAGUUCCCAAUUCGUGGAAUGACAUCCCGAAACACAUUGCUUUCUUGGCCUGCCUGCAUAUGUAUAUUUUUUGUGCUCCCUCUACUAUAAUUACUGUAUUAAUCAGUAAGAUGACCCAGAAGGUAAACAUAAACAUUCCUCAUGAAUUUCAAAUGGCAGACGUUUUGGUGCAGCUUCCAAAAAUGAUAUGAUGAUUAAAGUUGUAACAGCAAUCCCUUUAUUAAUUACUAAUUUCAGGGCUUUCUAUGUUUGUUCCAAGAUAAAAAACAAACAACUUGGCAUUCUUGGAGGUGUGUGUGUGUGUGUGUGUGGGUGGGUGUGUGGAUGUGUUUGGGUGUAUAUGCAUACAUAUAGAUAAUUUGGAGAUUUGUUUUUAAUGGCAAAAAAAAUUGUCUCCAUAUGUAUGUGCUGGUGCUCUUAAAACUUUAAUGUGUAAUUUUAAUUUUCUUGACAAUGUCUGUGAAAACUUUAUAUGAAUAUUAAAAAAUACAAAUAAAUACUUGCUUUCUGAUCUUGAAAGAAAAGACAUGAAGAUGUGUGCCCAACAACUUUUCAUCUAAAAUUUCAUAAGGACUUUUAAUAUGCCAUUACCGUGCUGGCAUGUAUUCAUGGAUUAAAGGGCUCCUAGUGCAUACUGGCAGGAUAAAGAUGCAAAGGCUUCAAAGAAAGUGUUUUAGUUUAUCCUGUCAAUAAAGUAUGGAUUGAGGAAUCUUAAGUGGACACUUAUGGGAUGAACCGGAAAGCUCCGUCCAUGAUCGGGGGAUAAUAGGUCAUUGGGAUGCCUUUUAUUCAGUGUGGUGAUGCUUUGAAGCUGUUUCAAGGUUUCUGCAGAGUUGUCAAUGGCAAGAGUACCUACCACCAUCUCAAAUCUUGCUGUAGCAUAGUGGCUAUCUCAUAGGCUUCUGCUGAAAGUUAUAAAUGUUCAACUAUUUUUUUUAAGUAAAUGUAUGUGGUUAUUUGGAGGUUCUAAUUGUAAGUGAAUGACAGUAACAAAUCCUUGGUUAAGGCUGAUAUAUUUUCCUUAACUAAAGUCAUUGUGCCUACAUCAUACAGUGUAUACUAUUUUGCACCUGUCUCUCGUUAGUUCGACUUGUACAUUUUAUGAUAAUAUAGUUAGGCAUAAGU